AUGGCAGGCACCAAGGAGAAGAAGCAUGCCAAAGGCGUCAAGCGCGAGCUGAAUAGCGAUGCUGAGCCCCCGACCAAGAAGGCGAAGCUGCUCGACAACACCGACGACGAAGGCGACGACGACGACCAGGGCGGAGCGUCGCUCAAGGUCAAUGAGGAUUAUGCGCGCCGCUUCGAGUACAACAAGAAGCGCGCAGAACUUCACAGACUGGAGGAGAAGUACGGCAAAGGCGAUGCGCCCGCAAACGCCGAUGACGGCGAUUCGGAAGAUUCCGAGGAAGGUGUAGAGGAAGAUGACGCUGCCGAGCUGCUCGACGAGGCUCUUGACGAAGAGGUCAAUGCGACGCUCCAGGCUCUCCGCGCAAAAGAUCCCCGCAUCUACAACAAGGAAGUCAAAUUCUACCGUGAACCCGAAGAGGGCGAAAAUGGCACAGACGAAAAGAAGAAGAAGGAGCCAUCCAUGACACUGAGAGAUUACCACACCAAGAACCUCCUCGAGGGCAAAUACACCACCGAAGACGUCGACGAAGAGGAUGCGCCCCCAAGGACAUAUGCACAGGAGCAGGAGGAAGCACGACAGGAGCUCGUAAAGGCACUUGAUGCUGCAGAUGGUGACGAUGACGAUGAUUUCAUCGUCGCAAAGGAGAAGCCUGAGAAGACUAAGAAUGACCGUCCCAAGAUCACAGUCGAGGAUGUAGAAAAGGCCGACCAAGACCCAGAAACAUUUCUGUCCAACUUUAUGGCUUCGCGCGCUUGGGUGCCCACCAAAUCUGCCCGUUUCCAGCCACUCGACGAAGACGAAUCUGACGAAGACGCCGCUGCCGACGAAUGGGAAAACUCGUACAACCUAUACUUUGAAGACACCACAGGCGCCAACGAGAAAAUCAUGACAUAUGCGCGUGAUGCCGUCGCAAGCACUACUGUUCGCCGAGACGACAAGAGUGGCCGACGAAAGGCUCGGGAGGCUGCAAGAGCCAAGAGAGAAGCUGAAAGGCGGGAGAAGGAGCAAGAUCUUGCACGGCUGCGUAAGCUCAAGGUUGAAGAGAUGGAGAACAAGGUCAAGCAGAUCCGCCAGAUUGGAGGUCUCAAUGGCAGGGAUUUCAAGAUUGAUGAGUGGAAGGAUGUGCUCGAAGCGGACUGGUCAGAUGAGCAAUGGGACGCCGAAAUGCAGAAGCGCUUCGGUGAUGCAUACUACGGCGAGGGUGACGCAGGCAUGGAGGAAGAACAGGGCGGCAAAAAGGGCAAGAAGCCAAAGAAACCCAAGUUUGACGACGACGACAUCGACAUCAAAGACCUCGUUCCUGAUUUCAAGGAAGAUGACGAUGACGAAGAUCUCGCAGCGCUCUCUUCAGGCGACGAAGAAAUGCCAGAUGCCGCUGCAGGCGACUCCGACGACGAAUCCACCUCCGCGACCAAGAAAUCCUCCAAGAAGCGCAAACAAGAACGCGCAGAAGCAAAAUCAGCGGCCCGUCGCGACCGCCGCCUGAUUGAGAAUCUCGUAAACCAAAACCUCGAAUACGAAGCCGCCCUCGCCGCAAAACCAAACAAAAAGCACACGUCCCGCUUCCGCUACCGCGAAACCUCGCCCACCUCCUUUGGCCUUACCGCCCGCGAUAUCUUGCUCGCAGACGACAAGGCACUGAAUGAAUUCGCCGGCCUCAAGAAACUCGCUGCGUUUAGAGAUCCCGUCAAGAAGAAGAAGGACAAGAAGUUUCUCAGCAAAAAGGCCAGAAUCAGGCAGUGGAGAAAGGAUACUUUUGGCGACCCGGAUGGACCCAAGGGUGGCUUUGAGAUGUUGCUUGGUGAGGAAGGGGCAGCCGGGGCAGGAAUACACGAGGGGGGUGUGGCAAAACACAGUGGACAACAGCAACACGGUGACGGCGACGAUGAGAAUGGCGGGAGGAAUAUCGUCGAAGGGGAGAAGAAGAAGAAAAAGAGAAGCCGCAAGAGGAAGGCGGGCGCUGCCGAAGCCUAG